ACCUAGAAAAUAGAAACGCGUGAUCUGGUCGUCAUUGACUUCAACAGCUAGAAACGCGUGAUGUGGUCGUCAUUGACUCAUUACUUCCUUUGUAGCUCAAUGUGAAGAUCAGUGUGAAGAUCAAUUGAGUGUUUCAGUUCAUACAUUACUCUUAGAUACUAGAUCGAUUAAUGGCUGCCGCUGCAUCUUCUUCCUCUGGCUCUCCUUGGAAAUACGACGUGUUCCUCAAUUUCAGAGGGGAAGACACUCGCAGGUGCUUCGUCAGCCACCUCUACAAAGCCCUGAAUCAGAAAGCAAUCAGCACCUUCAUUGAUGCCGAAGGGCUGCGAAAGGGCAACGACCUUUCGCAGCUACUGACGGCGAUCCAAGAUUCGCGCGUUUCAAUCGUAGUUUUUUCUCAAAAAUAUGCUUCUUCCACAUGGUGCUUGAAGGAGCUCGUCCAAAUACUGGAUUGUAUGGAUAGAAAGAACCAGAUGGUGGUGCCCGUUUUUUACGAAGUGGAUCCUUCUCAUGUCCGCAAAGCAGAGAGCAGCUUUGCGGAAGCUUUUGCCAAGCAUGAAGGCCAUUCUAACGCCGACAUGGAAGAGGUGCGGAGGUGGAGGUCCGCUCUUACUCGAGCCACCAAUUUAACCGGCUGGGAUUCGAAAAAUUGCGAGGAUGAUGCCAAGCUCAUUGAGGAAAUUGUAAAAGAUAUUUUCCAGAAAUUGAUCCGCGCCUCGUCAAGUAAAGACGAUGACUUGGUUGAAAUGGAUUCCCACAUGCAUGAAAUGGACUUGCUAUUACAUCCUGCUCCUGAAAUGGACGACAUUCGUGUUGUUGGAAUAUGGGGUAUGGGUGGUAUAGGCAAAACCACCAUAGCUAGAGCUGUUUGUGAGGAAAUUGCUUGUCAAUUUGAAGCUUGUUGCUUUCUUGACAAUGUCAAGGAAGAGUUCUCCACUUGUGGUGCCGUACAUAUGCAGGAAAAAUUUCUCUCUAGAAUCUUGAACGAAAAGGUGCAGAGUUUAGGAACAUUGGAUCGAGGUUACAGAAUGAUUUUGAAAAGGCUACAGAUGAAAAAGGUUUUGAUUGUUCUUGAUGAUGUUGACGACUUAUUUCAAAUUGAAACCUUACUUGGAAAGCAACAUUCAUUUGGUGGUGGGAGUAGAAUCAUUAUCACCACUAGAGAUAAGCUAGUACUAAGUCGAGCUGAUGCGAUCUACAGCCCCAAGGUUCUAAGUGGUGAUGGAGCUUUGGAACUCUUUAGCCAGUAUGCCUUUAGAACAAAGCAACCCAAAAGAGACUAUGACCCUCUCUCAAGCCGUGCUGUACGAUAUGCUCAAGGUCUCCCCUUAGCACUUAAAGUCUUGGGGGCUUUUCUUUAUAACAAAUCUGUGCAGGAGUGGGAGGAGGUGCUAGAGAAAUUAAAGAAAAUCCCGCAAAGGGGAAUUCAUGAUGUGUUAAGAACAAGCUUCGAUGGACUAGAUGAUUCUGAGAAGGACAUAUUUCUGGAUAUUGCAUGUUUCUUUAAAGGAGCGGAAAAAGACAACGCAACAAAGGUUCUGGACAGUUGUGGCUUUUAUCCCCAUACAGGGCUGAGAGUUCUAAUUGAUCGAGCUCUUAUAACUGUCUCACGGGAAACACUGGAGAUGCAUGAUUUACUAGAGGAAAUGGGUCGUGAAAUCGUCCGCAAAGAAUCUAUUAAAGAGCCUGGGAAACGCAGUAGGUUGUGGAAUUAUGAAGAUGUUCAUCACGUGCUAACUCAAAAUACGGCUACGGAAGCUGUUGAAAGCAUAAUCCUUGACCUUUCAUUCUCAAAACCAGAAGUGGUAUACUUCAGUUCCGAAGCUUUUGUUAAAAUGACGAAAUUAAGAUUGCUCAAAAUCCACGGCGACAAUGGAUAUUCAUGUGAGAAUUUAAAGUUUGUUCUGCAUGAGUUAAGAAGUCUCGUAUGGAAGCAUUUCCCCCUAAAGUCUUUACCGUCCAAUUUUAUUGCGAAGAAUCUUGUUGAGCUUGACAUGCAAAAUAGUCUCGUUGAACAUCUUUGGGAAGGAGCCAAGCCUCUAGAAAAUUUGAAAAUCAUCAACUUAACAAGUUCUCCUCACCUGAAGAAAACUCCUGACUUCACGGAGGCAAAAAAUCUUGAGAAAGUAGUUUUUGGAAGUUGUAAAAGUUUAUUUGAGGUUCACCCAUCCAUUUCAUAUCUCAAAAAACUGGUUCUUUUGGAUUUCGAAUAUUGCGGAAAUCUUAAGAUUUUUCCAAGCAAGAUUGGUAUGAAAUCUCUUAGAACCCUUAAACUUUCAUGUUGCGGCAGCCUCGAUAAGUUUCCCGAAGUUUCACAUGUUAUGCAGGAUCUACCAGAGCUUUAUUUAUAUCGUACUGAAAUUAAAGAACUGCCCUCGUCAAUUAGUAAUCUUACGGGGCUUGUUACCUUGAAUCUACAAGGUUGCAAAAAAUUUAAGAGUCUUCCAAGCAGCAUUUCUCACAUGAAAUCUCUUGAAUACCUUGAUGUUUCUGGAUGCUCAAAGCUUGAGAAGUUUCCAGAAAUUUCAGAGGUUAUGAAGAAUCUAUAUGAGCUUUAUUUGGAUGGCACUGCAGUUAAGGAGCUGCCUGCUUCUAUUUUAAAUCUCACCAGUCUUGUUACUUUGAAGCUGAAUGAUUGCAGAGAACUUGAGAGUCUUCCAAGCAGCAUUUCUCACAUGAAAUCUCUUGAAUACCUUGAUGUUUCUGGAUGCUCAAAGCUUGAGAAGUUUCCAGAAAUUUCAGAGGUUAUGAAGAAUCUAUUUGAGCUUUAUUUGGAUGGCACUGCAAUUAAGGAGCUGCCUGCUUCUAUUUUAAAUCUCACCAGUCUUGUUACUUUGAAGCUGAAUGAUUGCAGAGAACUUGAGAGUCUUCCAAGCAGCAUUUCUCACAUGAAAUCUCUUAAAUACCUUUAUGUUUCUGGAUGCUCAAAGCUUGAGAAGUUUCCAGAAAUUUCAGAGGUUAUGAAGAAGCUAUUUAAGCUUUAUUUGGAUGGCACUGCAAUUAAGGAGCUGCCUGCUUCUAAUUUAAAUCUCACCAGUCUUGUUACUUUGAGUCUGAAUAAUUGCAGAGAACUUGAGAGUCUUCCAAGCAGCAUUUCUCACAUGAAAUCUCUUAAAUACCUUUAUGUUUCUGGAUGCUCAAAGCUUGAGAAGUUUCCAGAAAUUUCAGAGGUUAUGAAGAAGCUAUCUGAGCUUUAUUUGGAGGGCACUGCAAUUAAGGAGCUGCCUGCCUCUAUUUUAAAUCUCACCAGUCUUGUUACUUUGAAGCUGAAUAAUUGCAGAGAACUUGAGAGUCUUCCAAGCAGCAUUUCUCACAUGAAAUCUCUUAAAUACCUUUAUGUUUCUGGAUGCUCAAAGCUUGAGAAGUUUCCAGAAAUUUCAGAGGUUAGGAAGAAGCUAUCUGAGCUUUAUUUGGAUGGCACUGCAAUUAAGGAGCUGCCUGCCUCUAUUUUAAAUCUCACCAGUGUUGUUACUUUGAGUCUGAAUGAUUGCAGAGAACUUGAGAGUCUUCCAAGCAGCAUUUCUCACAUGAAAUCUCUUAAAUACCUUUAUGUUUCUGGAUGCUCAAAGCUUGAGAAGUUUCCAGAAAUUUCAGAGGUUAUGAAGAAGCUAUCUGAGCUUUAUUUGGAUGGCACUGCAAUUAAGGAGCUGCCUGCCUCUAUUUUAAAUCUCACCAGUGUUGUUACUUUGAGUCUGAAUGAUUGCAGAGAACUUGAGAGUCUUCCAAGCAGCAUUUCUCACAUGAAAUCUCUUAAAUACCUUGAUGUUUCUGGAUGCUCAAAGCUUGAGAAGUUUCCAGAAAUUUGAGAGGUUAUGAAUAAUCUAUCUGAGCUUUAUUUGGAUGGCACUGCAAUUAAGGAGCUGCCUGCUUGUAUUUUAAAUCUCACCAGAGCAGGAAUCUGGGGUUUUCUUCAAUAUGAAAUAUUUUGAGGAUGAGGUGCAUAAUGGCAAUUGGGAUGAAGUUGAGAAGUACCUCUCCGGGUUCACUAAAAUGGAAGAUAACAGCUAUUCCAUGAAAAUCUUUUUCGAGAUAAGGAAGCAGAAGUAUCUCGAGGCAUUGGACAAGUAAGCUUACAGUGGUUCAAUUUCAAUUCAUUGAUAACUUUCAUGGGUUGGAUUGCAUGGCCGGUCUUGAGGAAUUAUAUGGUUGAAUUACGUGUAAUGUGACUGUGUGAACUUUAUAGGCCUUAUCUUUUUCGAGAUAAGGAAGCAGAAGUACCUCGAGGCAUUGGACAAGCCUGAUCGGUCCCAAGCCGUGGAUAUUCUAGUAAAGGAUUUAAAUUUUUUUGCCGCAUUCGAUGAACUUUUGGAGGAAAUCGCUCAGCUCUCAACAUUGGAGAACUUUAGGGGGAGAAUGAACAACUAUCCAAGUGUGGAGAUUCAAAGUCUGCCAGGGCAAUCAUGUCGGUUGAACUUAAGAAACUGAUUGACCCAAAUCCCUUAUUCAGUGAUAAAUUGCAGUUCCCAAACCUAAAGCGUUCGAGGCUAUGGACUCUCAUUAACCAAGGCACAGGGGCCUGGUGACGGUUGUACAUCACUGCUUGAUUCCAGCGUCUGGUGUCAGGAUUUUUUUUUUUUUGGUUCGUGACCAGUGUCAGAAGUUUCCACACACCAGGAACUAUUAUUUGUGCAAAUUAUGGCCUUUCUGGUUCUGCUGAGAAAGAACUAAUUCUCCUCCUGUAAAUUGAAGCUUAAAUUGGCAGCACGGGCUUUGUAAAAGCCCAAGUCCAAAUCCAUUAAUAAAAACGCUUUAUGUGGAUCACCCAUGUGGACAACCGAACUGUGCGCAGGCACCAUCACCUGCAAACAACCCGCUUCUUGGAAUCAAACAGGGGGCGGUCAAGAUGUUGUCUCUGAGUAUGGAGCUUGUGUUUCUGAUCUUGCAGUUUCUCGAUGAGGGAAACUUCAAAGAGACUAUUCAUAAUUGACUGUUGAUUGUUCUCUAUGUGAUGCUUCAUUUGGUACCAAUGUGGGGGACGUAGGCCUGCGGGAAGUUGGAUCUAGGGAGCGACUAGUUGUAAGGAACUUCAAAGUAUGGGAUCUUAGUUCAUGCUCAA